CUGAUGGGAGCAAGAAUGCUCAGGAUGCCCAACUGCCUGCUAAAACUGACCAGGGUGGUGCUGAGCCACAAGCUCAGGGCUCUGUUUAUCCUUGCCUUUAAGUUCAUGUCCUUUGCCUCCAUCAUGUUGUACUGGAGAAUGGUGGAGGAUCCUAAGGGCAGAGGCCAGCUCUACAGCUUGCCUGUUGAAAUCCGCUGUGCUCACUCUGUGCCUUCUCCACACACCAUUGCUGCUGGGCCCCCUUCUUCCCCGGAGAAGAAUGUGUUUUUUGUGGAGACCUCGGAGCGAACUGACCCAAGUUACCUGUUCAUGUGCUCUGUGGAGUCAGCAGCCCGCACGCACCCUGGGACAAGGGUCGUGGUGCUCAUGAAAGGCUUGGCAAAAGGGAACUCCUCCUUACCCAACCACUGGGGCUUCUCGUUGCUGAGCUGCUUCCCCAAUGUGGAAAUCCGGCCCCUGGACUUGCCAGAGCUUUUCUCUGGAACACCUCUGGCAAAGUGGUACUUGCAGGCUCAGCAGCGCUGGGAGCCUUAUUUCUUACCCGUCCUGUCUGAUGCCUGCAGAAUUGCCAUCAUGUGGAAAUUUGGUGGCAUCUACCUGGACACAGACUUCAUUGUGCUUAAGAACUUAAAGAACCUCACCAAUGUGCUUGGUAUCCAGUCCAAGUACGUACUGAAUGGGGCCUUUCUGUCCUUUAAGCCCAAACACAAGUUCAUGGAGCUUUGCAUGCAGGACUUUGUGGAUAAUUACAACAGCUGGAUUUGGGGACACCAGGGCCCGCAGCUCCUAACACGUGUCUUCAAGAAAUGGUGCUCUAUCAGGAGUCUUCGGAGCAGUACUAGCUGCAAAGGAGUGAGUGCUCUGCCCCGUGAGGCUUUUUAUCCCAUUCGGUGGCAGGACUGGAAGAAAUACUUUGAAGCGGUCAGCUCCUCAGAGCUUCACCACCUCUUUAAUAACACCUAUGCAGUGCAUGUAUGGAACAAGAAGAGCCAAGGGACACGGUUAAAGAUCACAUCCCAGGCUUUGCUGGCUCAACUGCAUUCCCACUUCUGCCCUGCCACGUACGAUAUCAUGAAGAAGGACUCUCUAUGGAAGUGA